UUCGAGUCAGCCAGUGCACGCACACAAACUCGUCUUUGCCUCCUGACAUCCUCCUGGGAUGCCCAAAGUUGCAGCACACGCCUAUGAUCUAGUUAGGUAGCUCACUUGAUUGUGAAACACAUCCGCAGACCGCUAGAACUAGAGUCAUGUGUGAGGUGGUGCUUGUGGUAUGUAAAGAGGAAGCGCUUCGUUGACAGGGGUUUGGACACACGAAGACGCUGCCUGUGAUGAGUGAAGAUGCCUCUGCAGAGAGUAUUCGCGCUGCCCAGACAGCAUUCCCUCCUGCUGCCCGCCGUCAUCAACCCAUUUGUGCACGACCUUACGUUAACCAAAGCCGAUAAAAUCAAAUGUUUUCUUCAAGGAAUCAUCCUUGUGCCACUCCGUGGCGUUUUCUUGCUUCUCGUUCUCAUGGUCAUGUGGCCGGUUUCGGUCAUGAUAACAUUCAGACAGCCUCUGAAAGGAGCAGUGGAGCCCAUGACUGGCUGGAGAAGCUUCAUGCACAAAAGAGUCAUGACCUUUCUAGGCCGGUUGUAUUUCUUCGGCAUGGGCUUCAGGGUGGUGGUGAAGGGGAAGCAGGCCAGCAGUCUAGAGGCCCCCAUUCUAGCUGUGGCCCCCCACUCUUCCUUCUUUGACGCCAUUGCCUGUAUUGAAGCUGGUCUUCCCUCAACUGUAUCCCGUUCGGAGUCCCUGGAAGCACCAAUCUUUGGCAGGUUUUUGCGCUGUGUGCAGCCCGUGCUUGUUUCGCGGAAAGAUCCAGACUCCCGUAGAAACACCAUCCUUGAGAUUGAGCGGAGAGCAAAGUCAGGCGGACACUGGCCACAGGUGCUGAUUUUUCCUGAAGGAACAUGUACGAACAGAUCAUGUCUCAUUACUUUUAAACAAGGUGCCUUUGUCCCAGGAGUCCCAGUACAGCCUGUUCUGGUCAAAUAUCCAAAUAAGUUGGACACAGUCACAUGGACGUGGCAGGGCCCAGAAUCGGCCAGACUACUGCUGCUCACACUCUGUCAGCUCUAUACUACAGUGGAGGUUGAGUUUCUGCCCCCUCAUGUUCCUACUGAGAUGGAGAAAAAGUGUCCUAUCAAGUUUGCUCAGUCAGUGAGAGCUGUGAUGGCUGAGUCUUUGGGCCUGCCGGUUACAGACCACACUUACGAGGAUUGUCGUCUGAUGAUUGCAGCUGGAGAACUGACCCUGCCUAUGGAGGCAGGUCUUGUGGAGUUUACCAAGAUCAGCAGGAAACUGGAAUUGAAAUGGGACAAUGUGAAGAAGGAAUUGGAGAGUUUUGCCAACAUAGCCUGUUCUUGCAAAGGAGGCAGGAUCACGAUUGACGAGUUUGCCAGCUUUCUCAAAAUACCUGUCAGCCCAGCUCUACAGGAGCUCUUCACUCUGUUUGACAGGGAUGGCGAUGGCACCAUCGAUUUCAGAGAGUAUGUCAUUGGUGUCACAGUUCUGUGCCACCCAGCUAAUAAUGAGGAAGUCAUUCAGACUGCUUUUAAGCUGUUCGACAUUGAUGAGGACAACUGUAUCACACAAGAGGAGUUUAGCGGUUUGCUACGUUCUGCUCUUGGAGUAUGUGAUCUUGAUGUCAACAGCCUCUUCAAAGAAAUCGAUGCAGAUGGAUCAGGACACAUAACUUAUGAUGAGUUUCGUUCCUUCGCUCUCACCCACCCGGAGUACGCCAAACUCUUCACCACCUACAUUGAGCUACAGCGUUACCAGGGUCUCCAGGGGGAGGAUUUAGAUUUUGAAGCCAGUUUGUCUAACUGUUGUAUUGCUUCUCAUAAUAACCACCAUGAGGACAGUACCUCUGAUAAGAAAGAUGACUGACAGCAUGCAGCCAUAAGGUUCAUAUCCUGCCAUGACAUUUGAACACAUGCCUUUAGCUUGGGCGGAAGUUUUUUUGUGCGCAACCAUGUGCUCUGUCAGCAGUUUUCUGUGUACACCACCAAGUAUUUCAAUGGUUUAUUUAAAGGCUUUCAGGUCAGUGUUUACUGAGUGUUAACAUAUAUAGACAUUCUAAAACACUUAUUAUUCUGACGCAGCUAAAAAGUGUAUUACUCUACACCCUUCAGCUUUUAGACAUGAAGCUUGUAGUCCCAACUUAAUUUUAUGUAAUAAAACAUAUUAUAUGGUUAUAUCUAAUUUGAAAAUAUAUUUUCUGAUUACAUUGGAAAUCAUGUGCUUUCUUUUUUUUUUUGUUUGUUUGUUUGUUUAAUUAGUAUUUUACAAAUAAGAUUCUUAUACAAGUACAAAGUUUUCUUUUUCUUAUUUAUUUUCUUUUAUAUUUCCUUUUUUCUUUUCUGCUCAGGGAUGUUGGUACAGAAAGUGAAUUGUAAUCAAAGGUUUUGCUUUGCAUCUUGUUUUUAUUUGCAUUCCCAUUGAGGGGAGAUGUUGCUGAGUUAGCGUUCUGUCCCUGCUGCUUGUUCAGACUAAUACUCUGUUGCAUCCACUGAAAAUAGGCCAAUUUGUGAGCAAACAGGCAACACAACACGCCCACAGUAGCAUGCACCAGAGGGCUUGGCUCCAAAUUAUCCCACUGCAGUGGUAUUUAUUUAGCAAUGCAAGUUGCAAUUAUGAUUUUGUUAACACAGCAAAGUUAGCUUUUUUUGCAAUUAAAACAAUCCUUUGAAUUUUAACUAGUAUUUGUUGUCCCUUUUAUGUUUGAGUGCAUGAACACUUGUUAGAAGAGUUUGUACACUCUCGUGAAUUAUCAGGAGACACAGAAGAAAAACUGCUGAUUAGCAGUCUGCUAAUAAAUACUUUCAUACUAAAAACCUCCACUAGGUGACAGCAACUCCUAGUAUAUACAGUAAGCUGAUCGUCUACAUAAACCGCUCCUUAUUUUUAAAGAAAUCAUUCCAAAUGUCACUGAGAGAGUGGAUAUGUUUCAGAAUGCGUGUGUACAAAAUUAAAAAUAAUAAAAUUAGAAAUCUA